UGAACCUGUCGCAUGCAGCGCGGAUGCGAGAACUUCACCGCGCGCAGCUCUUUCAUCCCCUUUAAUGUGAGGAUGAAAUCGCCGAAAUAACGUUCAUGCUUUAUGUCCUUGGACUGAAUGAAGGUACCAAGUUUAAUAUGGGCCAAUCAGAUACAGCCAACGAAAUGGAAGACUUGGUCCAUGAUGGCGAUGAAGAGACCAUUUGGCAUGAAGGCAACUUGGUCAAUGACAGCAAUCCUUACAAACCCACCUUUGUGGAUGACAUCACCAAGCACCUGAGUGUUCAGAUUUCUCUUAUAUUAGCAUACUCGCUAAUAAUCCUACUAGGAUUUUUGGGCAACACCCUGGUCAUUUACAUGAUCAUUCUGUACAGAAACAUGCGUACGGUCACCAACUACUUCAUUGCUAAUCUCGCUUUGGCCGACUUAAUGGUGGACACGGUGUGCUUGCCUUUCACGCUUGUAUACACAUUGUGGGAUGAAUGGAAGUUUGGUGCCAUAAUGUGUCAUAUGGUGCCUUACAGUCAAGCUCUGAGCAUCCACGUGUCCAUUCUUACUCUAACAGUCAUUGCUCUAGAGCGCUAUAGGUGUAUCGUCUUCCAUCUUGGCCAACGCCUCAACAGAUGCACUAGUUUUAUUAUCAUCGGCCUUAUUUGGACAUUCGCUGCCGUACUAGCUGGCCCGUUGGCUAUUUUCCGGGAAUAUCGCUACGAGGAGAUCCCAUACAUUGACUUACGGAUCGCAGUUUGCUCCGAGAAAUGGCCCAAUGGAACCAAUCGUGAUGCAGUCAUCUAUAGUUCAUUUAUGCUUCUAUUGCAGUACAUAGUACCAUUGGCGAUCAUCAGCUAUGCAUAUGUGUGUAUCUGGAUUAAACUGAAGAACCACGUCAGCCCUUCCAACCGCAAUGAUGGUAUCGUGCGUCGCAAAAAGACCACAAAGAUGUUGGUCCUGGUAGUCGUGGUCUUUGCCGUCUGCUGGCUUCCCUUUCAUGUAUUUCAACUGGCUAGUGACCUCGACUUGGUUCUGAAGUUCAGAGAGUACAAACUCAUCUAUACCUUUUUUCACAUCGUGGCAAUGUGCUCAACCUUUGUCAAUCCGUUGCUGUAUGGUUGGAUGAACCAGAACUACAGGAAUGGUUUUCUCAUGUUCUUCCGCUGUGAACACAAGCCAGACAGCAUCUAUCCUGAUGGAUCCUUCAGAACUCGAUCGUUGCGAGGGAUGAUUGUGAAUGGGCACAAUGAUGGUCAACCUGUGACUGCAGUCUGA